CCCCGAGGCGAGCUUUUGAAACGGGGUUGAAGGAGAGGAAAAGUCCCGCGCGGCGGAGGCGGUGGCCCCUCCCCUCACGGCUGCGCGAACGUCGCCGCCGCCAUGCACUCCCUGAAUCACUUAAAAGAUAACUACAGAGCAAGAUACUGCAACAAACAAGGUCCAAAUAAAGUUCCUGAUAUACAGCAAGGAGAAAAUGUAUUGAAAUAUAUACAAGACUGCUUUACAUCUUGUGCAGAGGAAAAUACAGUAUGCUCCCCAAGCAUAUCAUAUUGCUCAUCCCCUUGCUCAGACUUCAGUCAAACUCUAUCUCAUGGGAGAAAGGAAGAGCAGAUAGAGCCAGAACCAAAUAAGAUUAACUAUGUGCAGAAUGUAUUUAAUACCAACAUCUCCUUACCAUCACCAGAAGAAAAUGACAGGAUUUCAGAUGCGGCAACCUUAAAAGGUGCUGAAACACCAAGCAGUGAGCAUGUGGAUUCCAUAGAUGAGGAUGUCCCGGUGAUGUUCGGAAUACCUGCUUUCCUGAAUGAGGACAAAGAGAAAUCUCAUAGGGAAAUGAGCCCAAGGUGGCAUGAAGAGGCACCUGAUAAAGAUUUACAGAGCAGCACAGAUGCUAGAGAAUCUGAGCAGCAUCAUGCAAGGAAAGAAACAAAGGAGCUUUCAGCAUGUUUUACUAUCUCUUCCUGUCAAGGGAAAAUACCAUUGUCUGCAGCGUCAUUAGAUGCCAUGACAAGAUCUUCUAAAGAACGAAAUACAGCCAGUGUAGAGGCAGAAGACGAGUGCGAGUUUGUUAUAGAGGAAUCAUUUGGACUGAGUUCUACAUCCUGGAUUUCAACAUCCCCAAGGAACAAAAAGCAACAGAAAGUCAACUUAACACCUGCAUCGUCUGAAGGGAAAAAAAGAGCUAAGCAGCAGAGUGUCAGAAGACAAAAUAAAAGGGCAUCAGAGAAUCUUGUUACACCAGCGCCAAUAAAGCAAAGCAAACCGAAGUUAAUUAACGCUGCUGAAAGAACUGUUAACGGAAUGCAGAAUGUUUCAAGGACUAAUGAAAGAAUCGCUGUGGAAGGCGGCCGCUUGCCGCUAACUGUAAAUACCAUCCAAAAAGUAAGAAAGCAAACACUUUCCAAAGGUGAGACAUCUGUCGGUAUAUGCAAUGAGGAUUGCCAAGUGUCUGCAAGUGGAAGCCACGCAGGGGACCUUCUUUUCUUACAGGAGCAGGACUACGAUUUUUCAUUGCAGCCACAGGCCAUCGUAAGUACAACCCAGAAGUCAUCCCAGUGUAAGCGAUCUAUGAAGCAGAACUGCUCAAAAAUUAAGCCUUUGGUGGUAUCACGUGAUGAAGGCUGCCAGGAUUCUGCAAGUCCUGUAGAGGUGCACUCAGAACGGAUUCACACUUCAGGCCAUGAUGUUUUGAAAGCGCCAUCGUCUGCGAUACGUACAGGUGAGCAAUUACCUUGCAGUAAAAAACCUAUGAAACAAAUACAUUCAAAAAGGAAGCCAUCGGUAGAAAUUCACGAAGAUUAUAGGCAAGAAUGCACUCCUGCAGCUGUGUCCCCACAGAGUCGUCAAAAGUCUAUAGACGCUGAGGAUCCUGCUCCUGUUCGGGAGGGGAAAUUAUCAAAGCGCAAGCAGUCCAUUACACAUACAGCCCAAAGGUUGUCACGCAGCAAAUCAGCUAAGAGGCGAAAGCCUAAAAGAACGCUGUCUCAAAAAGAUUUGGAAACCCCACUGAGUAUUGUUAAAAGACCUAGAAGGAAAAAUAAGGUGCUGGUUUCGAGUGAUAGCUCUGAAAGCGAGCAUGGAGGAGAAGAACAGUGUGGUGAAGAGGGUGAAGCCACUGGAGGAAGUAAGAGGGUGCCUGUUUCAGAGCAGAUCUCAGAAAACGAGAGUUCUGAAGGGGGUGGAAGCCCUUGUGAACCAAUAAGCGAACCAAGGAAGACGUUGCCACGGGAAUUAAGACCGACUUCCUUAGCAAGUGCUCAAGAAAGUGGAAUUGCCUUCUACCAAGAGGAUUAUUCUGAACAGUACGUGGCAGAAAAAAUAUUAAAUACUUCUAUGGAACGAAAAAACAACAAUAAGCGUUCCUCAUAUGGCCCUGUUUCUAAAAUUAAAACUUCUUCAAAACAUCAUGUUGCUGUUAACAGGGAGGAGUCAACAUCAGAUGAAUCUGAAGACUUGGAAGAGGAGGAAGGUGUAACUUAUUUAAAUGCACUGAAGCGCAAAAUGAUAUUGCCUUCCAACACGCCCAAUAUUCGCCGGACCAAAAGAAUGCGUCUUAAACCAUUGGAGUACUGGCGAGGAGAACGUGUGAAAUACAAGAUGAGACCUUCAGGUGGCUUUGUAGUCGAUGGGGUAAUAUCACCUGAACAGAGGGAACCCAGGAAACGAAAACCUAAAAGGACAAUACCUCUUCUGGAGUUUGAAGUGCCCGACAACUCAACUGUUUCCUUAAAAAGUCUUUCUCAGCCAGCUGUUGUGUUUGAUAAAGAUACCAAUAAAGAGGUUCUUCUAGACUGUGUGAGCAGGAGUAAUUCACAUUUGCUUUUCAUCAAUGAUGAGACGGUGUCCAUAUACAAACAGCUGAAUACCCCUUUCUUUUCUGCCGGCAAACUGAUACUAAAGCCAUUAAAAGAAAAGGGAUUUCAGUAUUCCCACACAGAUACACUGGUUUUUCACAUUUCUUGCGGAAAGCUCCUUUUGAUGCUGUAUGACCAGUAUUACCGUCUGACUGCCGGAGACUAUUUUUUUAUCCCGCCGGGGAACGUGUACAACCUACGUAAUCUCUUGAAUAAAGAAUGUGUUGUCCUCUUCACUCAAAUGAAAGGAAGCAGGUCCGAAAAUUCAUGAAACCUACCCUUGUAUCAACAUUUCUUGCAGCAACUUAAAGAUCCUCUCAUGUGGGGAAGGUGGAACCGUCCUAGCUUGCAGCGUUCCAGGCUUGCAGGACAACAAAAUUAAAGAUAUUUUUGUAGUUUGAGUUGUAUGUUUUUCUAAUUAUUUAUACUGCACAAGUUCCCUUCUGAUCUUGCCAUUUCUUUGACUGAACUGAUAGCUUGGCAAGCUCCUUCGGUGGCAUAACUAAACGUUGCUGCAACUGCAGCUCUUAAGAUGCCAUCCCGCACUGGGCAAGUGGCGCAACGGCACGUCGUUAUUUGGCGUGCUAACCUUCAAAGCAUUUGCUGCUGUCUUGCUCGUGU